AUGCCCAAUCAUACGCUUCAUCUAACAGACGAUUCAGGCCACAAAACCAUGGAAUGCACUGAAAACCGCAAGCUUGAGCAGCAUAAUGUCCCUGAUAAGCUCCCAGAAGAGGCUUUGGAGAUCUUGAAGAAGGCUAGCAAGGAGAGAGACCUCGAGGAUUUCCGUGAUGGCUUGAAGAUCUACAGCAAGGCGGUUCCCCUUGCCACCUAUGUUGAUAUUGAGAAGCUUUUGCGCCAGGAGAAGCUCAGUGUCUACUUGAUUGCGCUUGGGAAGCUCAACUGCAAGUAUGUUGUGGGUCUCUACUUCAGUGACAAGCCCCAGCGUAUCAACCUCAAGGAACGCUGGCCUGCCACCCCGGAGGAGAACCUCGAACGUCUUGCUGAGGCCGGUUUCCCUCUUGAUCGUCAGAUCCCCAAGUGCUCCAACUGCGGAAUUAUUUCACUGCUAACUUUUUGUCCUCAAGAAAUGGGCCAUAUCAUGAAGAGCUGCAAGGAGGAACUUUCUGUUGUCGAGCGUGUGGAAGUCAAGUGUGUUAACUGCAAACAGCCAGGCCACCGUGCCCGUGACUGCAAGGAAGCCCGUGUCGAUAGGUUUGCUUGCCGUAACUGCGGAAAGGGCGGUCAUCGUUCCAAUGAAUGCACUGAGCCUCGCUCUGCUGAAGGGGUUGAAUGCAAACGCUGCAACGAAGGUAUCAUCAUGAACGCCAACCCAACAACCCUUGCAACAAAAGGAAGAAGCUAA